AUGUUUGACACGAACCCAGGAAGCCAUAUCGAACAAGAGGUCAGCUGCGAGUAUACUUUACUCCUGGUGGAGCUAAGUGAAUUACUUCAUAAGGCCGGCGGGCUUAUCCCAAAUGAUGGGGAUUGGGGCAUCGCAAUCGACCCCAAUGCUCGCAAUUUCGAUCCGGCAAAACGGUUUUCAGAAGAUUUUUCAAACCCCCCUGAUACCCAUGCCCUGGUUUUGUGCUAUCCCUCACGCGACUCGAACCUCGGCAGCCAGCAUCCUUCUCCAUCACAGAUACCCUUUUACUGGCAGACAUUUGUUGAAAACGUCAAUCUUUUGGUGCGAGGGCUUUUGGGUCAGGAGAAGGAGACCCUGAUCAAUCAGUAUCGCUGUGCUACUGAGCAGGCACUUGCAAGAGCAGAGUUCAUGACGUCUACAGACCUAAUAACGCUACAAGCCUUUGUCUUGUAUAUUUUUUCUCUGAGGCAAUACGCGCAACCACGGCUGACUUGGAACCUCACUGCACUCGCUGUGCGUAUAGCCCAAGGCAUUGGAGUGCAUCUUGGCCCCAACCCUCAAGAGUCUCCCUUCGACUUGGAGGCCCGAAGGAGACUGUGGCUCUGCCUCUGGAUGUUGGAUUUGAAGACAGCUCUGGAUUUGGGUACCGAAUGGUUGAUAGCUGACGAUUGUAUCCAUGUCGGACCUCCACUAAAUAUCGACGACUCCGACCUUGAUCCCGCGUACACGGAGCAUCCAACUUCAAGGACAGGCAUGACCGACAUGGCCCAUAUGCUAGUCAAGUAUGAGAUUGGCUUGCUGUUCAAGAAGUUGACACAUGCACGAGGACAGAAGGGCCCUCGACCCUCCAGUGAAGACGAAAUGGAAGAACUUGUGGCAAAGUGCAAAGAGCAGAUACAAGAGCGCUACCUUGGGCACUGCGCAGAUGGCGGCCUGGAAUGGCUUACGGCCGCUAAUGCAAAGUUGUCCCUUGCCACGGCACCCCUUCUCAUCCAUCAUCCUGUCUUGUCUUCCGAGUUGCGGCACUCUGUCUCAAACACCCUUCGGGACCGUCUAGUAGCGGCGUCUAUCGAGACUAUUGAGUGCUUGCACGUGUUGGAGACGAUGCCGCCGCCUCAUCGUCGAGGCUGGAUGUUCGGCACUUAUUUACAUUGUCUUGGAAUGCCUUGGGACUUGUUCAAACUUGUGGAGAAGGGGAAACGAAUACACGAGGUUGGCCUAGUCUCGGAUGGCCAAGGACCCGACGGCAAGGACGCAGUCGUCCCGCCGUCAACUGCCCGGAUCGGGGUGAGCGCCGAGAUUCCUCGCCCAGUCGAUACCACCUCUUCGAAUCUAUCAGACAUUAGAGGUUCCAUCAGUAGCAUGAGACACGAGCUGCACUCUAUUCCUGAUGGCUUCCCGGAAACACCAAACUCCUUCUCUCGGAUAGGCCUCUCAGGCGACGACGCAAUGUCGUUCGAGACGUCAUCUGUCAGACCCAACUUCCCAGAAUUCAACGAGCAGAUUAUACCUGGCGGCAGUCACUCAGUCAGCGAGUUUACGGACAAUCUGCCCAUAUCUGAAGGUUCCUUGUCAGUAAACCCCGCAUUCUCGGGAUUGUGGCUCACGGAGAACGAUGCAUCCUGGGAUGCGAGCCAGGCAUUAACAGAACCAUCAGUUGACAAUACGACGGAAUACUGGGCGGUAUGGAAUGGUUUGGUCGGUGAUCUUGAGAUGCAGCAUUAG